AUGGCUGAUACUGAGGAAAAGAAGAUUGUUGAACAACAAGAGGAAGAAGUUGAAUCCCCUGAUGUUCAUUUUGAACCCAUUGUUAAAUUGGAAGAAGUUGAAGUAAAAACAAACGAAGAAGAUGAAGAAGUCCUUUUCAAGAUGCGUGCUAAGUUGUUCCGUUACAGCAAUAAAGAAUGGAAGGAACGUGGUACAGGUGAUGUGAAAUUCUUACAACACAAGGAAACCAAGAAAAUUCGUUUGUUGAUGCGUCGUGAUAAGACCCUCAAGGUUUGUGCCAACCACUACGUCGAUUCUAUCAUGAAGCUUUCUCCCAAUGUUGGUUCUGACCGUUCUUGGGUUUGGAAUGUUACUGCUGAUGUCUCUGACGGUACACCUCAAGCCGAAACUCUUGCUAUUCGUUUUGCUAAUUCUGAAAAUGCCAACCUCUUCAAGGAAAAGUUCGAAGAAGUUCAAAAGUUAAAUAAAGAAUUGAAGCAAAAGGAAGAUAAGAAGGAUGAAAAGAAAGAAGAUGCUUAA